AUGGCGCGCCGGCAUGCAGGCGCGCGGGAUUCAGCUGGCGUGCAGCUCUCGCCGUUGCUGCAGAAUCCUGGCCCCGCGCCGAAGGGCGAACAUGUCGACGUCGGUGCGGGCCUGGCCCAGAUCACCCUGAGCGGCCUUCCGCAGUCCCUGUGGCCAAGGUCGGCGAAGACCGACGCGCUGGACACCGAGGUGCAGCGCGCUGAAGACAGGGGCAUCGCGCACCCGUUCAGCAAGAAAGAGCUCGCGAAGUUUCAGCCGCUAUGCGCGCGCGGCGCGGGCGAUCCCCCCGACGAUGACGAGCCCGAGUUAAAAGAGGCAGCCGCGUUGGCCAGAGCGCUCGGGCGGGGAGCCGCGGCGGAGAGUCAGCCGCUUCUGACGUGGACGCCACGGCACCGAGCUUUCGACGCGUGGAGCGCGGCGGCGGCGGUCACAGAUCAGCGCUCGCGCGCGAGCGCCAUGGUUGCACUGGAUGCCCCCGUGCAGGGGCGGAAGGCCCAGGUUGCCUCGGUCUACGACCGCCUCGCGCAGAGGACGUGGGCCGAGCGCGCCGCCGCCGGCGUGGCAG